CCAAAUCUAUCAUAUAAAUUAGGGCUCCUUGCCUCUUUGAUUCUGGAUUUUGAAUUCUAACAGCUGAAGUGUGAUUGGAAGCAUCAAUUGAAGCUCCAUUCUUCGAUUAACGUGCGUUCGAUUUUGUUUUACGCACUUUCUUUCCUGCAAUCUUUAUACUGUUCAGAAAUUGAAAUUUUUUAUUCUGUGACCAAUUUUUUUUCUAUCUGCACAUGGGUUUCUGUUGAAGAAUUUGUGGAAUGUAAUAUAUUCCUGCUCAAACUGAUUGAAAAGGCUUUUAGAAUUAGUUUGUUGGGUCGGAGUCGCUUAAGAUUAAGACUGACUCGGUGAAUAUUGAACCUAAAUUAUGGCUAGUAGGAGCAAUUUCAAAACUCCAAAGAAGGAUGAGAACACCUCAAAUUCGAGCUUUGCUUCUCUAGAAAAUAAUUAUUACGAAGGAGAACGUCUCACCAAUCUGCUCCAUUCAAUCCGUAGAGAGAUCCGAACUGCAAGAGAUUCAGAUGGAACUUCCUUGUCGGAGAAAAUAUGGUUAAAGCAACAAUUCUCUAUCGGGGUCAAUGAUGUAACUCGUGUCCUUGAGCGCAUGAAACCAUGCACUGAAUUAGAAAGCUCUGCUCAGCUCGUUCCUUUAAGAAGCAACAACAAUAAAACUCCUUCAGUUAAGCUUCAGGCUGUGCUUGUAGCUUCUGAUUGUAACCCUCGAUGGCUGACGAAGCAUUUACAAAGUUUGGCUUCAUCAAGGAGUGUGCCCCUUAUCUUUGUUGGAGAUAAUAAACACGGUUCCUUCAGAUUAGGUGAACUUGUUCAACUAAAAACUGCCAUUGCUAUCGGAAUUAAGAUUAAAGACAGCAGCAUAAAUAAAAUUAUUGAGGAGGUUGUUCAAGGGGAUAGAUUUGAACCUCCACCGGACGAUCAAAAUUGAGCAAGAAUAUUUUUUAUGCGUGAAGGGGAUUUCCAAGACCCUUUCACAAAUGUAAUAUUUUGGUACAGAUGUUGUAUAUUGGAUUUAUAACCAAUAAUAGUAUUAGUCUCGCAUUCUAAAGGUGUCGUUCUGUUUUUCUUA